CGCACCAUCACAGCAGGCGUCCGACCUCAAAAAAAAAACGAAUAAAACAGCCUGUGAUGGUGCUGUGAACGCUACAUUUCACCUCUUUUCCUUUUCCUUUCUUCCCUUCUCUACUCUUCAUCUAAGCACUGACACCCCCACCACCACUAACACCAACGUUUCAUUCUCCUCCUCCUCCUCCUCCUCGCGCUGCGAGAUCAAUACAAUAUCAUGAGAUCCAUGAUCCAAAACUUUCAGAACCGAAGCUUUAUACCCAAUAUGCCCACAAAGCAAGCACUCCCAGUUUCGCAAGCGGACUCGAAAGAACAAGGCCUGCGCAGAAGGCUGUCCUCUCUCUCCCUCAAGAUUCAACCCAUUACAUCUCCUGCAACUUCAUGGGCAUUUCGCAGAUCGAAGUCCGUGUCCUCCAUGGGAGAAUAUGCUGGUAGUUCCAUAAGGGAAUGGUGGGACUGGGGUUGGUCUUGGAUUCUCUCAAGGAAGCCCAUUUUCGCCAAGGAUCUGGAACUGAACGAGGAAGAAGCCAAGAUGCUUGGUUCUCAUGACAAAGGUAGCUGGAGGCAUGUUUUCUACAAGGUCAGGUCUGAGAUCAGAAAGCUCGUUGGUUCUGACCAUGUAGGACUUCCUCAAACCUAUAGGUACGAUUCAUACAACUACUCCCAGAAUUUCGACGAUGGAAUUUCGAGAACCCAAGGUUGAGAAAAAGUCCGGAUGUCUCAGCACGAUAUGGGGGGUGUAUUCAAAGUCGCUAAAACCUUAAUUUGAUGGAAUCUUGUAUGUCUUUUUUCUUCUAUUCUUUUCUGUACUAUUUUAUAUUCCUUGUUAAUGUUCAUUACUGGUCUGUAAUUAGACGGAAUAUUAUUCUAUUACGUGGAAAUAUUGCUUGGAAAAGGAAAUUCAAUAGGGUCUCUAGCUCUUGGUUGCCAAAUCCGACGUUCAUUGGUUCAUUUACUGAUCUGUAUAUCGUACGUGUACGUGUUGAUAGCCUCAUCAACAGCCUCGUUCUUCUCCAUAAAUGUCAAGCCAUGGAUUUACAGCGACAAAAGGGAAAUUGCAUGCAGGGGUUGCUCGAUCGCUCACCCUCAUCAGAGCGGUGUAAAGAUCAUCAUGUUAAACUGCAAUUAUAUAUUUAUAAAUUUUAAAGGUUACCUUGUACAAUAAUAUUCAUUCCUUCACCGUGUAAUGUAAUACAUGAUUUUAUUAACUAGACAGCUGCUAGCUGUUGUC